AUGCUGCCCAACUAUUAUCCGUUGCCGGUGGUAGAGGCGCCGCUCCCUUUACGCCCUCGUGGCCUAUGGAAAGGUCGUGAAACCCAUAAACGGAGGUCUGAUUCAGACCACAAUCACCGUCCAACCAAACGGCAGCGCUCGGAAGACACAUCCGACGAAGACCAAGAAAACUACUACAUCGUCGAACUUACACCCGAGCCAACGCCUGAAAUGGAGUCUGAGGAGGAGUUUGUACCGGAGAAGGUCGAGGAUUGGGAAGAUCUCAAGUCAUCAUUUGCGCGUGCAGUAGAACAAUACGAGAACGACAAUUUCUCUGAGAGUGUUCAAUUAUUGCGUGGGGUGUUGCGACUCUGCCAUCGCUUCCUGUUAUUAUAUCAAGACCCAUCCGUACUCUACACCCAGCCCCAACCCAAACUACCCGAACCCAUUAGCUUUUCUUCCCUUGCCCCUCGACCACGGAAAAAAUGCAAGUGCCGCGAGCCCACAACUGCCUUCCACGCUAUUCUGGGAACUACGCUGUUUCUUUUCGCCAAUAUCAUUGCUCAAGACCCAUCGGUCGCACUUUCCGGUGAACCGACAAACUCGGUGACAUACUGGCUCGCUGCGUUGGAUGUUUUCGAGAUGGGAGAAAACCUACCAAGCCGAACGAGUGGACGCGGCUGUGAAGCUCCAGAAGAUUGGAGAAUGAACGUCGUUUGGGGCCGGGUGCUACUGUGUAUUGCGGACGCUGCUCUAACCCAGCAACGAAACAACUCCUCUCCCGUCGUUGAGCCCAAAUGGUUGUCACCAAGCGCUUCUGUUUUUGCGGCCAUCCAAAUGCGAAGACCACCUGCCUCUCGACGAAUAUCGCUUGCCUCAGCUGUACCCCACGAGCUCCUCCUGCUGGCCAUGGAUCACUUCACUCGAGGCAUCUUCCUUAUGCCACAUACUGUCACACCAACCCCUAUCAACUCCAGUUCACCCCAAUUCAGUCGAGCUGCCGAAUUGUUCACAAUUGCUCUUGAAUUUUUGGGAGUGGCUGAGCGGCUACCCGCUGCUUCAGAACGAAUGCGAUGGGCAGCCUGGGCGGACAACGUACUUGGCCAAAUUCCUGCCCAGGGACAGACUGCUGUUAUCGGUCGUAUCCGUGGUCGAUGUUGGCUUGUCUACGGAACUGCCCAUGUCGAGGACAUUGAAGAGACGGGCGAGUCUCGUGACUGGGAUGAUAUCUUUGACUCGGAGGAUGCUGAAGACGCUCGCGAUGGCUUGCAACGGGCCAUUGGCUUUUUCGAAAGGGCUGCCGCAGAGGAAGGCGGUAGCAAUGACGACGAGCUGCAGGCUUUUCUUGCCGAGUCUUUAUUGACUCUCGCAAAUCUAACCAAGGAGGAAAUCAAGCGGGAGGAAUUAUAUCAGCGGGCCCAAUCCUUAGGAUGUGUGUCGCUUGACGAGAUGGAGAGUUGA